AUGGCGAUCUCGCCCCUCCGCUCCCUCCCCCUCCCCCUCCUCCUCCUCCUCGUCCUCCUCCGCGCUUUCGCCUCCCUCCCCACGCAAGCCGCCGCGAGAGGCGGCCUCGGCCCGCCGCCAGGAAUCGCCGUUGAUAAACAUGGGGCAUUUUCGCGUGGUCUUCUUCAGGAUCAGCCUGAGAUCACGGAAGAAAUGGUUCGCGGAUAUAUGAGCAACGCUGAACUUGAGGGCGCUAUACAAGACUUUGGGAGGCGCUGUGCUAAUGUUUCCAGGAUAUACAGCAUCGGGAAGAGUGUAAAUGGUUCCCCAUUGUGGGCCAUUGAAAUAUCAGACAAGCCUGGGCUAAAAGAAGCUGAACCAGCAUUCAAGUUCAUUGGGAAUGUCCAUGGCGAUGAGCCUGUUGGAAGAGAGGUCCUUAUGCAACUUGCGUAUUGGCUGUGUGAUAACUACCUGAAGGAUCCUUUGGCAACUCUCAUUGUGGAGAACACACACCUUCAUAUACUUCCAUCAAUGAAUCCAGAUGGAUUUGCUCUUAGAAGGCGUGGUAAUGCAAACAAUGUUGAUCUCAACAGGGACUUUCCUGACCAAUUUUUCCCCAACAACGAUGAUAUUAAGCAACGGCAACCUGAAACUAGAGCUAUUAUGAACUGGAUAAAGCAAGAACACUUCACAGCCUCUGCUAGUUUGCAUGGGGGUGCUCUUGUUGCAAAUUAUCCAUGGGAUGGAUCUAGAGAUACAAGAAAACAGUAUUAUGGAUGUCCUGAUGACAAGGCAUUCCGUUACAUGGCGUCAAUGUACAGUCAGUCACACUAUAACAUGUCUUUGAGCAAGGAAUUCGAAGGAGGCAUUACAAAUGGAGCACUGUGGUAUCCAAUUUAUGGCGGCAUGCAAGACUGGAACUAUAUACAUGGAGGCUGCUUUGAGUUAACACUUGAAAUUAGUGAUGUAAAAUGGCCAAAAGCAUCCGAGCUUCUUGUCAUAUGGAAGCAAAAUAAGAUGAGCAUGCUCAACCUUGUUGCAAGCCUUGUAAAGACAGGAGUUCAUGGAAGGAUAUUUGCUGCAGAUACUGGCCGUCCUAUACCGGGAUCACUCAUGGUGAAGGGAAUCGAUUCAAAGAUAAAUGCUAGCGGAACUUUUGGCGAUUACCACCGGAUUCUUGCACCUGGUCAGAGUUAUGAAGUCGUUGCGUCGAUGGAGGGCUUCAAACCGAAAAGAACACGUGUCAUGCUGGGGCGUGAAGCCACGAAUCUGGACUUCAUCUUGGACCCAGACGGAGCCCUCAGGGGGACCAAGCCGCUGCGCAACGACUGCGGCUGCAGUUGCAACGACGACGGUGGCAGCAACAAGCCGUUCCUCCUCCGGGAAGCUUACCUCUGGCUGUAUCUCCUGGUCCUGUUCUUCCUGCUGGCCCUCUACCUUCUCUUGAGGAGGAGAAUGGCCUCGAGGCUCGCGGCGCAUCGGCAUUCUCCUCCGAAGCGGACUGUUGCCGUGUGA